AUGGCCUUCUUCAAGAGCUUCCAGCAGAACAUCCCAUCUGUCAACAUUUCCUCCCUCCUGGACUCGGUCACCAGCCGCGUGGAUGACCUGGCCAACGCCGUCAGUGACGCCACGUACGCUGUCAGCGACCAGCUGACGGAGCAGGUCACCACUAUCAUCAGCAAGGUGCAAGACGAGGAAGAUGGGGAGAACAGCGGCCAGGAAUCUGGUCAGAUUUCCACGGCACAGGAAGGAGGACGCAAAGUAAGCAACGCGGCCUCAAAGACCAACCAGUCCGGUGAUGCUAUCGAGGCUGAGAGCACUGCGAGCCAGCUGGAGUGGGAGUGGAGGGACGGAUGCUGGCGAGUGAAAAAGACAGAAGCCGAGUUAGCAGAGGAAGAGAAGAGGAAGAAGGAGGAGAAGGAGGUGCAGGAGUAUGAAGGCAGGUUAUCAAAGCAGAAAAAGCAAAAAGAAGAGGGAGAAGAGAAGGUAGAGGUGGCGGACAGCCUUGAGAGAGAGGGAGAUGACGAGGAAGAGGCCGAGCUUUCUAAAUCUCCCUCAACAGUGAAAAGGAAAAAGGCAGACAAGAAGAAGAGGAAAGGAGCCAAGGAGAAGGGAGUUUUAUCAGACAGCGAGGAGGACAAAGGCCCCGAGGCUGUGGCCCAGCAGAACACAACUUCUGCAUGGAGCAACAAAAGCAAACAGUCCACUGAGCAGGGAGGCUACAGCAGUGAAGCCUCCAGCGAACGGGCAGCCAACAGCAUCCAGAGAAUAAAGAAAAAGUCCUCCGUCAGUGAGCCCCAGCCUCCUCCGUACCAGGACGAGGGUUCGGCGGCGCGCGUGUCCUCUCGUUCCCGCUCGGAGCGAGCUGUCCGGAGGGGGUCGUCCCCACAGCACUGCGACAGUGAGGCCAGCGAGGCCAGUGUAGACCAGGACACUGAGAGCUACCUCAACAAAGGCUGUGAGGAGGACAUACCCAGUGACAGCACCGCUGUGCUGGGACCAGAGGACGGCUCCGGUCCUCAGCUCCCCACUGCCUACGAGCCAGAGCCAUUCGCCAAGUAUGGCACCCUGGACGUCGCCUUCGAGUACGAUUCCGGUGAGCAGUGGUUGGCAGUGACUGUCACUGCGGCAACGGACAUCCCUGCUCUCAAACAGACGGGCAACAUCGCGUGGCAGGUCCACCUGGUCCUGCUGCCAACCAAGAAGCAACGGGCCAAGACCGGGGUGCAGAAGGGUCCGUGUCCUGUUUUUACAGAAACAUUUAAGUUUUCCAGAGUGGAACAGGAGGCCCUGGGGGACUACGCUGUUCGAUUCCGCCUGUACAGCAUCAGGCGGAUGAAAAAGGAGAAGGUCCUGGGAGAGAAGGUGUUCUACCUGACUAAGCUCAACCUGCAGGGAAAGAUCGCUCUACCUGUCACCCUGGAGCCGGGCUCCGAACUCACAGGUUGCGGCUCUGUGGUGAGCGUUUCUCGCAGUGCAGGAGCUCUGUCCUAUCGCUCUACUGAAGACUCUUCCAUGCCAGAGAUCCUCCUGGGUCUCCUCUACAACUCUGCCACGGGACAGUUAUCUGCUGAGGUCAUCCAGGGAAGCCACUUCAAAACCACGGCGUCUGAUAAACCCGUCAACGGUCUGUUCUGUUGUAUAAAACACUUCGUAGGGGGGCAGCUUUAUAUCAUGAGAGACACCUACGUGAAGCUGACCAUGCUGGACUCAAAGGGGAAAGAGAUGUCCAAGUGUAAGACGGCCGUGUGCCGCGGCCAGCCCAACCCCACCUACAAGGAGACGUUCUUGUUCCAGGUGGCGCUCUUCCAGCUGUCCGAAGUGUCUCUGGUGCUGUCGGUGUUCUGCCGCCGGAGCAGCAUGAGGCCCAGGGAGAGGCUGGGCUGGGUCUCCCUGGGCCUCAACAGCACCGGCGAGGAGCAGCAGACCCACUGGACUGAGAUGAAAGAGGGGGAGGGACAGCAGGUCUGCCACUGGCACACCCUCACCGACACAUAG